GCCUUUGUAGAGUUUUAAUCUAGCUGUUGACUUUAGUAUUACCUGAGUAUCUCCUCAAUAUAACCCGAGUUCUCUUCAAUAUUGGUAGAAUAUUUUACGUUCAUCGAUGAAAGUAUACGGCGAUGAUUAGCAAGUUUGUGAUCUGUCCUGUAUUACUUCUGGGUUUGUUUACCUGUUCGCUGGCAUUAAAUAUAACGGGUGACUUCAUAAUUGUGAGUAGUGUCAAUACACCUGGAAUAUUUUUCUCAAACAUUGACCAUGCCAACUUAGAAGAUGUUGCGUUUCAGCAACUCAGCAUUGUUCCGUCUCCUGAAUUCCCAACAUCUGUAGAUUACAAUACACGCGCCUUUGAUAUCUACUGGGCAGAUCAGUACCAAGGUACUAUAUGGAAAUACUCGUUGAGCAAAAAUUACACUGAGGCUGUAGUUUCAGAUCUAUCAAAUGCGUCACUUGCUGUUGACCGUCCUGGUAGACAAUUGUUCUGGACUGAUGCUUCUAUGAAUGUCAUUGAGAAAAUGAAUAUAAAUGGAGACAACAGACAAGUUGUUGUUAGUGAUGUACACGAGCCUCUAUCAAUCAUGCUUGAUGUUUCCAGAGGCCACAUGUAUUGGUCAUCUGGAGGCACUGAUCCAACAAUUAAACGAGCCGAUAUCAUUGAUGGAAGCAACGUAACGACAUUGGUAAACACUAAUCUUAGCAGACCUGUCACUUUAGCCCUAGAUGCAGGACUUAAUCGGUUGUACUGGGGCGAUGUUGGUAAUGAAAAUGUAGCAUUUUUAGAUAUGUCCACUGGAUACCGUCAAGAACUUAUUCUGAUUGUUCAAGCAGUGACUUUGCAGAUUUACAAUACAUACCUCUAUUGGACUGAUUUAGAUAAAGAUCAAAUAUAUCGUGCUGACAAAACAACGGGAGAGGAUAUAGUAGCUUUCAGUGAGGAUGAUGAUAUAAUACCAUAUUCUUUGUAUAUCUCUAGAUUUAAUAGAGAAGAGAUAACAGGUGACUUCAUAAUUGUGAGCAGUGUCACUACACCUGGAAUCUUUUUCUCAUACAUUGACCAUGACAACUUAGAAGAUGUUGCGUUUCAGCAACUCGGUGUUUUUCCCUCUCCUGAAUUCCCAACAUCUGUAGAUUACACCCCACGCACCUUUGACAUCUUCUGGGCAGAUCAGUACAAUGGUACCAUAUGGAGGUACUCUUUGACUGAAGAAUAUACAGAAGCUGUAGUGUUAAACUUAGCAAAUGUGUCACUUGCUGUUGACCGUCCCGAUAGAAAAUUGUUCUGGACCGAUGCUUCGAGGAAUGUUAUUGAGAGAAUGAAGUUUAAUGGAAAUGGCAGACAAGUUCUUAUAAACGGCGUAGAUGAUCCUCUAUCAAUCACACUUGAUGUUCCUCAAGGCCACUUUUAUUGGUCAGCUGGAGGCAUUGUUCCAAUAAUAGAGCGAGCUGAUAUGAAGAAUGGAGGCAACAGAGUGAUAUUGGUAGACACUGACCUCAUCAGGCCUGUCACAUUAGCUGUAGAUUCAAAUUUGAAACGAUUGUACUGGGGUGAUGCUGGUAAUGAAAAUAUAGCAUUUUUAGAUUUGUCCACUGGUAACCGUCAAGAGGUUAUUGUCGGUGUUCGUGUAGUGAGUGUGCAGAUUUAUGAUAUAUAUCUUUACUGGACUGAUUUAAAUCAAGAUCAGAUAUUUCGUGCUGAUAAAAACACUGGAGAAAAUGUUGAAGCUUUUAGUGAGGAUGAUGAUAUCAUACCAUAUUCGUUGUAUAUAUCAAAAUAUGAAGAUGAAGGCAAGUAUCACAGUCUGUGAGAAGAACAACAGUUAACACAUAACGAAAACAUAACGAAAAAGUUCCUUAACAGUUGUGUGAAAAAAUGUUUCUGGUGGGAUUGGACGUCGCUGACAUGGCGAUGGCGAGCGUCA